UUUUUUAAUUUUUAUUUUCUAAAGUUUUUUGCUUUAACAAUUAGGGUUGUUCCCCGCCCCUCACCUCGUAAAAUUAUAAAAAAAUUUCCCCGUCCCCGCCCCUCCCCCAUGGCAAUGCCUCCCCGAAAAUUGUUCCUCGUGGCCCUCUCCUCGUCGGGGAACAACCCUAUUAGCAAUAUUUAUUUUUAUAUUUUCUCAAAGUCUGUCUUUAAAUUGUUUUUAUUAAAUAUUUCUAGCUUAUUAAUUAUGGCUUCUACUGUCUCCAACAACAAAAGCAAACUCGAGCUGUCGGUACAUCAAGUUGAGCCGGCAAUUGUUGUUAGACAUAUUGAUGAAAGAGUGAAUGACAAUAAUUCUAAUCAGUUAAAAAUAAUUCAACUAAAAGGUCUUAGCGAACGGUCAAAUCCUAAUUUAGUUGCUCGUUUUGUUCAAGACCAAUGCCAACCUUUAAUUCCUAUCGACAGACUUUCUGAAUUGGAACAAUUAAUUUCUUCAAUUAUUUGGAGGGGACGUACUUCCGAAAUUAAAGUUUCUUCAUAUGGUUCAGCAGACAUUGAAAAAUUAGAUGAUUAUUUAGAAUUACUUUAUGAUGAAGGAGAAUCUAAAAAUCAAGGAAUUUCUCUAUUUUUACAAUUAGUUUGUGAAACUUCACCUUCAAAUUUACCCAAAAUUGUUGAGAAUGAACCAUUAAUGGGCGCUUUAGUUCGUGUAAUGAAAGAGGAUGCUAGACGUAAUUUUGAUUUGGCAAUUCAAGUUGGUCAAUUAUUUCAUCGGCUCUCUCAAUUUUCUCCAUUUUUGCCAAUUCUUUCUCGUUGGAAGAUUGGCCUUCUCUCUUUACAAUUAGUUGAACAAGAGUUACGACGUUCUGAAAUUUGGCGUGAAAAAGUAAAAGAAUUGAGUGAUCUAAAUUCACGUCGUAAUUGGGAAUCUGCUUUGAUUAAACAAGAUUUGUUAAUUACAGUUUGUCUCCAAAUUUUGUUAAAUAUGUCAGAAGAUUUACGCAUAGAAAAUAAAAUGCAACGUAAAGGUCUAUUAAAUUUACUUUUUAAUGCUUUGGAACAUUCGUCUUCUUCAAAACUUGUAUUUGUUGUAAUUAAUUUUUUGUGGAAAUUGAGUCAAUUUGUGGAAAAUCAAAAGAAUAUUGUGGUUAGUUAAAUUUUUUAAUUAAAUAGAAAAUGACAUAAAGGUUGAUAAAAUUUAUUUUGAUCAAUUCGUCUUCGUGGUUAAGUGGUUUGUGUUCAAAUUUAUGUUUUGCUUUAGAGAGGUUCGAUUCCUUCUAAAUUUCUUUAAAUGUGCAGUGAUGAAAUUAUUAAAUCUGUCAAUCCUCUGAUAAUUUUGUUAAAACUUAUGAGGGAGACUGAACCGGAGCUGAGCACUUUAUUUUUUUUUAUUAUUCUAAAACUAAGAGAGUAUAUUUUAGAUUUUAUCUGGUUGAAAAAAUUGUCCUCAGACAAUUUUUUGUAUUCUUU